CUAAAUUUCAUAUUUUAUACAUUAGGUGAAGGAGUGAAAAAUGUAUUUGGUGAAGUUGGUGGUAGAGUGUCUUUUCGUCCAACCAGCAUAAAUCCUCCUGUCAGCAGCAUUAUAUGGAAACACAAAAACAGCAUUGGACCUGUUGUAAAAGCGACUGAAUGGGAUGAAGAUGAUGGUUUUAACACCCCGAAUCAGAGAUUCAAAGGCAUCACAACUCUUGAUAAGGAGACUGGAGAAAUCACUAUAACUAAUUUAAAUAUUGAACAUAGUGGACUUUAUACCAUCGACAUCAACAGUAAAGAGCAGGAACAAAAAUUCAACUUGGAAGUGUUGGCAGCGCUCCCCAAACCUGAGAUAAAAAUAGAGAAGAUUGAAAUCAACCCUAAUGCUGUGUAUUUAAUAUGCGAGUACAGUGAAACGAUCAUCUGGAAGAAUUCUGCUGGAGAAACACUGAAGGGCUCACCCCACAGUCCGAAAGGAGAACUUCUCAAAGUUGAAAAACAAGGACAUCCAGAUGUCUUCUACACAUGCACGCUCAAGAAUGCAGUGAGAGAGAGCGCCAGUGAUCCGGUCAAUGAGCGAGAUCUGUUUGAAG